CUAUUAUUAACAAAAAAAAUUAAUCAACUUCUUCUAAUUAACCCUUUUUUAAUACUAGAAAAUUAUUUCUAAGCUUUUACGGCCUCUCAUGCUUCAACGGCAGAGAGAGCCUUCCUUGUAAAUUAUUACCCCAAAGAAAAAUGAAUUGAUAAAGGGUUGUUUCUUAAGGUAAAAACAUUACAUUGUGUUACAUUGAUUAGUAAUUUGAUUAAUAAAAACAUCGCGAAUAAAUGUCGCGAGUUGCGGUAAUUACGUUGUCCUCUUUGCUCCUAGUUGGGCUAGUUGGGUCCGUGAUCUUUAGCUUUGUGUCACAUAAUUGGAACAAACCAGACCCAAAAUUGGCUAAUUCUUCAAAGGCGGUUCAAGCCAUAUGUGACCCUACGGACUACAAAGAUGCAUGUAUUAAGAGUUUAGCUAAGGUCAAGUCUGAUGACCCUAAGGAGCUUGUGAAAGGCGCAUUUGCGUCCGCUAAGGUCGAGUUGAUGGAGGUUUCUAACUCGUCCACCGUCUUGAAAGAGCUCGAAAAGGAUCCUAAGACGGCCGAGGCCGUUAAGGAUUGCAAAGAGCUCUUUCAAGACGCGAUUGAUGAUUUCCAACGUUCUUUCGAUGAAGUUUCUAAGUCGGAUUGGAAUCAGGUUAACAAUACGCUUGAAGACUUAAAGAUAUGGUUGAGUGCUACGAGGACGUACCAAGAGACGUGCUUAGACGGGUUCGAAAACACCACCGGUGACGCGAGUUCGAAGAUGAGGAAUGUGUUGCAAACGGCCAUGCAAAUGUCUAGCAAUGGACUUGCUAUUGUUAAUGACUUGUCAAAGUUGUUUAGUAGCCUUGAUAUGAAUACCAUUAACAAGAGGAGACUAUUAUCUAAUCAGGUGAAUAGACGUCUCCUAAGCGUAGCUGAUGACGGGGGUGUCCUUCUCAAGGACAACAAGGAGGAUCAAAGGAGAAGAAGGCUCCUUAGCGCGAUUAAAAUUGUUGGCCACGGCAAGGAUCAAGUGUAUCCUGAAUGGGUGGAUGGGUUUCGACGUAAGCUUUUGGAAGCCACGAACUUGGCGGCCGACCUAAAAGCGAGGGCGAAUGUAGUGGUGGCUCAAGAUGGGAGUGGCAAAUACAAGACAAUUGAAGAAGCCAUAAAUGAAAUUCCAAGGGAUGGAAAGGAGAGCUUCAUCAUCUAUAUUAAGGAAGGAGUUUAUAAUGAGUACCUUGUGCUUCUCAAAUGGAUGACUAAUGUUAUAAUUAUUGGAGAUGGUCCAACUAAGACGAGGAUUACUAAUAAUAAGAACUUUGUUGAUGGUACCAAAACAUUCAAGACGGCCACUUUGUCGGUUCUUGGUGAUUACUUCAUGGCCAAAGACAUUGGGAUAGAGAACUCCGCAGGAGCAAUAAAACAUCAAGCUGUAGCAUUUCGUGCGCAAUCUGACAAAUCUAUCUUCUUCAAUUGUCACUUUGAUGGAUAUCAAGACACUCUCUACGCUCACACAUACCGCCAAUUCUACCGUGAUUGUAGAAUCACCGGAACCAUUGACUUUAUCUUUGGUGACGCGGCUGCAUUUUUCCAAAAUUGUUCGUUUGUUGUUCGUAAACCACUAGAUAACCAAAACUGCAUCGUAACAGCCCAAGGGCGGAUGGAGAGGCAUCAACCAACUGGUAUAAUUAUUCACAAUAGUAAAUUUGAAGCCGACCCUGAGUACUACCCUCUUCGUAACCAGAAUAAGGCUUACCUAGGAAGGCCGUGGAAGGAAUAUUCUAAGACUAUUAUAAUGGAGUCUCAAAUUGAUGAUUUGAUUCAACCUGAAGGGUGGUUGCCUUGGGAAGGUGAUUUUGCCCUUGAUACGCUCUAUUACGGUGAGUUCAAUAAUGUAGGUGAUGGCGCUAGUUUGGCUAAUAGGGUUAAGUGGCGUGGGAUUAAGACUAUUGCUUAUGAACGCGCUGAGAAAUUCAUGCCACCUACGCUCUUUGAUAAUGAUGAUUGGAUUGUAGCUUCUGGCAUUCCUUAUCAACCAACCUUGUCUAGUACAGCAGAAGGACCAAUGUCAGGCAUAGAUGAAGAUCCAAACGCACCAGCAGGAGCACCAUCCUCCUUCACUUACGAAUCUUCAUCAAGUGGCACAUCUUCACACGGUUCAUCAUCGGGUGGUUCUUUUUCUCACAGUGGUUCCUCAUCAUCAUUACGUGGCUCUUCCUCCUCAAAAUCCUCUCCAUCAACUUCUGGCGGUUCAUCAUCAUCAACAACACCGUCAAUUGGCUCUUCUUCACCCGGCUCGCCCACGAAAAAAUCUUCACCAAGUGUGGGUGGCUCUACUCCCUCUAGAACCUCAUCGAAAGGAAAACCCUCGUCUAAUGAAGAAACUCCAUCUUCAAGCAAUGAGAAAGGCUCACAUUCUUCUACUCAAGAAAGUACGUCAGUAUCUUCUAUUGAGAUUGAUGCUCCUACUCCAGCUCCUGACAGUUUAUUAGAAGCGGACCUAGCCACUCCAAGCCCAACACCAAGCGAAGGCCCAAGUCUCGCCCCUUUUAAAUCCCAAUAUACAAUCCUACACAUUCCUCCAAUCUUAAGCCCAAAAAGACCCAAUUCACCAGCCUCAAGCCCAACCGAAGAAAAGAAGGUGGUUGUCGGCCCAGUAACGAUACGCGAACUUGAAAGAGUGUUGAUGUCAAAUGAGGAAAUGGAGGGCGAGGAUGAUGCAAGUAACGAUGACAUGUCAGGGAAUGUUCCAGAUGGUGAUGAGCCUAGUCCAGCUAAAGCUGAACUCCCAAGCCCAUCUCCAUCACCAACCGUUCUCACGGUUAUCCCAAGUGUAAGCCCAUUAUCAUCUCAUAAUGGGCCUAGUCCAAGCCCGUCUACGGAGGAGGUGCAGGAUUGGAAUCCUCCGAUUGGGGCGCCCGAGCCCGGACCCGCUGAUGAAGCUGAUAAAGUGCAACCUGUAGUUGGUCCACCAGUAAAGUCAAACUCUGGAUCAAACUUCAAAUUUGAGGUUCAUGCGUUGUUAAGUGGGAUGGUUAUGUCUGUUGCUCUAUUCAUGUGAAUAGAUAUUAAUUUAGACUUUAAUUUGUAGUUUUUUGUGUUUGAAUUGAAGAUUACUUAUACCUC